AUGAAAGUUCGGAAGUGCUCCACACCUGAAGAAAUCAAGAAAAGAAAGAAGGCUGUCAUUUUCUGUCUCAGUGCUGACAAAAAGUGCAUCAUCGUAGAAGAAGGCAAAGAGAUCUUGGUUGGAGAUGUUGGAGUAACCAUAACCGAUCCUUUCAAGCAUUUUGUGGGAAUGCUUCCUGAAAAAGAUUGUCGUUAUGCCUUGUAUGAUGCAAGCUUUGAAACCAAGGAGUCCAGAAAAGAGGAGCUGAUGUUUUUUCUGGCACCAGAACUAGCACCUCUGAAAAGUAAAAUGAUCUACGCAAGCUCCAAGGAUGCAAUCAAAAAGAAAUUUCAAGGCAUAAAACACGAAUGUCAAGCAAAUGGGCCAGAAGACCUCAAUCGGGCUUAUAUUGCUGAGAAGCUAGGUGGAUCCUUAAUUGUAGCUUUUGAAGGAUGCCCUGUGUAG